AUGCAUGACACCGGGUCUGAAUAUGCGAACACGACUACCACAUCUACAACGAACUCCGUCAAUGCAAUCACUGGGCUUCGAAAGCACAGACAUAAUCCGGAUGGCAUCUUUUGCACCACUCCUGGUUGCAACAAGGGUGAUCACGAUUACACUCACUGCUACGGCAAGGGGGGAGGGAUAGAAGGGCAGGCACCCUGGAUGCGCAAUAAAAAGAAGGAUAACACCAAGGCAGUCGCUGCAGCUGCUACUACAGCAGCGACCACACCUGCAGUACCUUCUGCGCCAUCUGUACCCGUUAUUGCUGCCGCCAUUGCCGAUCUCACCAGCCUCAUGCAUGAUUUAUCCUUUGCGUCGGUUACGGAGAUCCCGGACGUCACCUGCGCCACGAACCUUCCAUUCAGCACCAUCCUGAACUCAGGCACUACGGUUACACUGGUCAAGGACCACAGGUUCUUCCAUACUUACUCAACUGAAGAGCCAGUUGAUGUGCUCACUGCCAACCAUGGAGUCCUUCAGACGACCGGGCGGGAACUUGUGUAG